AUGCUUGGGCAGCCGCCCACAACUCUCGGCGUUGACGACGAUCGUACUAUGCACUUUGCAUACGCUAAUCCGCCCAGCGAGGGGUCAGAUCCGGAUACGAACGUCAUACUGAGAAGGAUCUAUGGCGACGAACUGGUGACGGAAGAUGUCUCACAGCUAUUCAUCAACGAAAAGCUGGACGAGAAAGACAGCUUGCUCAUGGAGGUUCCUAUCAUGCCCCCUCCGAAUGAGCAUGCACCUACCGCGAUGUUCCUGCCGUGCCAGACCACCGAGUUACUCGCUCCAGCAAAAGUCAAGCCCGGUCAACCUGACGACCAUGCCGCUUCUCUUCCGUCGCAAUCCGGUUAUUUGAAGAAGGUCAAGGGCAUGCAAGCGCUGACCAUCGAGCUGUCGUGGAUACCGUUUAAGUUUGGGUCGAGCGUUCCGAACGACGCCGCAGUAACUGGAGUGGCAGACAGCAUCGAGAAUGCUCUUACAGCUGAACUGCGACAAGAAGACCCUGGGCUGGUGUCCCAACUCACUAACCUUCUUGAGAAGACUCUACGCCUGGAGGGUUUUGUGGAUGAUGAACAAUCUAUGCCUUCAACGCGCAAGUGCCUCGACGACAGCUCGGACUCGCUAGACCUUGGUGGCCAGGAAGCCGAAAGACGAACGCAGGACUCUGCGGGCUCCUACGAGGACGAUGAAGACCUUGGCUCUAGCGACAAAGAGAAUGAGGAGUUCAUGUAUCCUCUACCUGAGGAAGAAGAAGGCCCUCCGCCGAAACGUGCCCGGACGUCCGAUUGGGAGCGUCAGUUCUACGUCAGCGAACUAGAGCUCGAGGCCCCUACUAACGACUCCGGUGUCUUCUUGUCCUCUUCGGCGGCGAUGUCCAACAACGACAUCGGCGGCUUCGCCGGGAUGGCCUACGCUGCAGAAGGCUACGAGGGUCCCCACACCGAUGGAGACUUGUUCCUUGACAUCGAUCCAGUUCACGAACUGGGCUGGGAACACUGGUCCGCACCCGUCCCCGGUACCUGGGACGAAUACCUUGCAAUCCCAGCAGUCCUUGGAGCCCUAUGA